GUCGCUGUCGUGGGGCUCGGGGGAUGGCGCGCUUCGAGCGGUCACGUGAGGCCCGGGCCUCCCGGGUGUAGCUGCACUGGGCGCCUGUGACUGUGACGCUCGGCAGCUGGGUGCUGGCCGGGGUCCGGCUCCGAGAGACCAUGGCCCAGCCUCCCCCGGGUGCCGCUGUCCUCCCCGUUCUGAUACCCGAUUUGCAAUUACAUUGAACAACAAGGAUGCCCUCACUGGAGAUGAAGAGACCUUGGCUUCAUAUGGGAUUGUUUCUGGGGACUUGAUAUGUUUGGUUCUUGAAGAUGACAUGCCGGCACCUAACUUACCUUCAUCUACAGAUACAGAGCAUUCCUCACUCCAGGAUAAUGACCAACCUUCUUUGGCUGCCACCCCAAGUCAGACUAACAUCCCAGAUGAACAAGGGACUGAUUCAUCCCAAGGACAGGCCACCCCAUUUGAUGCCUGGACUGAUGACAGUAUGGAAGGGCCUAGUCAAAAUGUUGAAGCUGAGUCAAUUCAGGAUGCCAUGAGUAUGGAAGAGGUUUCUGGUUUCCAUCCAUUGGAACCAAUGCUCUGUAAUGAAACAGAGGAUGGGCAGGUACCACAUUCUCUAGAGACCCUGUACCAGUCAGCUGGCUGCUCCAACAUCAGUGAUGCCUUGAUAGUGCUGGUGCAUCUCCUGAUGCUCGAGUCAGGCUACAUUCCUCAGGGAACUGAAACCAAAGCAGUGACAAUGCCUGAGAAGUGGAAGUCAAGUGGUGUAUACAAACUGCAGUACACACAUCCUCUCUGCGAGGGCGGCUUUGCCGUGCUUACCUGUGUGCCUUUGGGAAACUUAAUCAUUAUAAAUGCUACAAUAAAAGUCAACGGUGGGAUUAAAAACGUGAAGUCAGUGCAGCUGCAGCCAGGAUCCUACGUUGCUGCUGGAGUAGAACCAGGGGAAAGCGCAGCCAAAGUGUACAAAGAUCUUAAGAAGCUCUCUCGUCUCUUCAAAGACCAGCUGGUGUACCCUCUUCUGGCUUUCACACGGCAAGUACUGAACCUUCCAGAUGUGUUUGGGCUGGUUGUCCUUCCACUGGAGCUGAAACUACGCAUCUUCCGACUUUUGGAUGUUCAUUCUGUCCUGGCCCUGUCUGCAGUCUGUCAUGACCUCCUCAUUGCGUCAAAUGACCCACUGCUGUGGAGGUGUUUGUAUCUGCGGGAUUUUCGAGAUGGCACUGUCAGAGGUCCUGACACAGACUGGAAAGAAUUGUAUAGAAAGAAGCACAUACAAAGAAAAGAGGCUCAGAGGAUGCGGCAUGCAAUGUUCCUACCAUCAGCCCACCCUAUCCCAUUUUGUCCCAUUCCCGUCUACCCCAGGGCCUACCUUCCCACCUCGCUGCUUCCUCCAGGAAUCAUUGGUGGUGAAUAUGAUGAGAGGCCGAUACUGCCUAGUGUUGGGGACCCAGUCACCUCACUUAUCCCAAGGCCCGGGGAGCUUCCUGGUCAGUUCCGUCCACUCAGACCACGUUUUGACCCUGUUGACCCACUUCCAGGACCUCACUCCCUCUUGCCAGGAAGAGCUAUCCCCAACAACAGAUUUCCCUUCAGACCCGGCAGGGGUAGGUCAGCUGACAGCCGGCUGCCAUUCCUGUGACCAAUUUGGAGACUUUAUGGAAACUGGAUGCUGUUUCCUUGGAUGCUGAUCUCUGCUGUCGGUUUCUGGUUCUGUGGGCACCAAGGACAAGGUUGCUCAAAGAGGGGUCAGCUUGGGAAUAGGUGACUGCUGGUCUCUCCCCUCUGGUUCACCUCUGGGAUGGAGAUUGUGGUAUUGAUAAUGUUUUGUGUUAUAUUAGUAAAAGUAAAAAUUGUAUGGCAGACUUGACUUUUUUUAAGGAUGUAUUUAGUAGGAAAACAUUAAUCACACCGUGAAUUUGUGUAUUUGAAAAUUAUCAGGAUGCUUCUCAGUGUGAAGGGUGGUUGAUUAUAGGAAGUGUGUUUUUAUCGUUGGUGCUCAGUCGGGUGAAAGCUCAACUUACAGCAUGAUACAAGUGGAACUAGUGCGCUCGAACUCAGUGAGCCCAACCCUUUCCUUAGCAGCUUUCUGGGUUCUGUGAGGAACUUCAAGGGUUCCGAAGACCACUGGGUUGGUACAGACACAUUACCACCUAAGCUUCCCCCUUGUGUUUUGGUAUCAGAGACAGUCUUAACAGCAGCGUCCUUUAUGUGCUGUCAGGUGAGGCACUUGUUCAGGACAGCCCCCUCUUGCUGGGAGAUUGUUAUGAUUUUCGGACUUAAAAUACUCAAAAUUCAACAUUUAUUUAUUCUACAACAAGAAAAAGCCCAAACACUUAAUACAAAUAACUAUAGGAACAUGCUAUAGUGACACAUUUAAAUUGGAACUGCUGCACAGGAAUAAAAUGCUAUUAGCAUCUGCAGAAAAUAGGAAUAGUGCCAAUGUCUUCCUGUUUUUAAAAACCUGUUUGCAUAUUAGGAAAUGGCUUGGAAUAUGUGCUGCAGGGAUAUUUUGAGUCCUGUAUGCAAGUGAGACUUUGCUACAUGUGUUUUGAGUCUUUGCAUCACAGUGAAGAAAAUUGUUUGAUAUUCUAGAGGCCAGAGGUGAUGUGACCUUUAACAUUAUGUUUCUAUGAUCUACAGGACAGUCUUAAUGUCCACUGAAUGCUUUAGGCUUCAUUUAAGUGUGGCUAAAGGGGUCACCCUGAAGUUUUGAUUGAUCUAGAGUCUAUUUCAGAACAUGCUUUUGUGGAUGAAUGUUAGGUUGCCCCAUGUAGUAUGUGUGUAUGUGUACAUGUGUGUUUGUGUGUGUGUGUGUGUGGCUGAAUGUUAGCAUGGGAAGCAGUGAUGACCAGAGCACCAAAUACAAGUUUUCAGAAUAUAAGUCAUUUCCAAAUGGGCCCUGGGAGGUCCUGAUGGUGCUGGUGUCAGUCUCACUAGGCGUAACUGGCAGAUGUUGCAAGUCUCCAGUUUAAGAUUAUUGGCAGAGUGCUCUAAACCUAAACUUAGGUACCACUCAAAAAUUUUUAUUAAGAGUCCUCAAAACUUUCCCCUUGACUAGCAGUUAAUUUUAUAUUGAGAAGCUUUGAACGUCUCGCACACAUCCUUGUCAUUGGGCUUUGGAGCUUUACGUAUUGCUGAUACUGAGUGAGAUCUUGGCUUGGCAGUAGCUUGUUCACUGCAUGGCUUUGUUGAUGUCAUCUCCAUGCACUGUAAUGGGAGCAGGACAGCCUAGAAGCCCAUGGCAAGCGCUUGAGAAUGGUGCAGCCCCGGCGCAUUGACUUGUAGUAGCCUCACAUCUUUCUCGGCCCCUAAGUUCUCCAGUAGUCACUUUUAGUAAUAGGAUCUGAGUCUCCUUCCCUUAGCACUGUAAGUGGAAAAUGCCCAUUUGUCAUGGCUGGUAAUAAUUCAGUCUUGGGAAGAGCCCUUUCCAACUUGUGGCUCCCUGUGUAAAAAUCCUGAAUUCUGUAGCUCUUUUUUCCUAGUUCCUCUCAGUUGCUGAGGCCAUACAUAUCUCUGUAAUUCUUACCUGGCAGAGUCGGAUAGUCCUUCUCCUUCUUCUGUUCAGAGUUGUUCCAAGGUCUGUUUUCUUCCUAUCUGCCUAUUUGAGCCUUGGAGAAGAGCUAGACAGGUCCUCUGCUGUGCUCUAGUGCUGGUGGUGUUUUGUAAACUCUUGCAUGGAUAAGGGUAUUGCAGUAUGCUAGGCAAGUCUCUAUCUCUCUUUAUGUUACCAGGGUUGAGGUUCUAAGUGCUCACUGCCCUGCCCGGCUUUUCAGCAUGGCUCCUGAGAAUCAAAUGCAGGUCCUUGUGCUUGUACUGCAAACACCGACCGAUCUAUCGAGACCCUAAAGAUUUGAUUUGAUAUGACUUCUUUUUUUCUCUAUUGGAAAUCCCAUGUGAGUUGUUAACUCUUAUUUUUCUGAUAUUCCAAAGUAAAAUGAAGUGUUGGGUAUGAAAAGUGUUUAACUUCUCAAGACUUGAUGACCACCUCUGGGUGUUUUUGCUUUCUUCUCUAGAUCUACCAGUUAGAUCUGCAUAUGAAGCCUGGGUGUGCAUGUUUAUCAAUCUGGGCUCAUGCUUUGUGGGAACACAAAAGAGGUUCUGUGUCUUUUAUGCUCCUAAAUAGACCAGUUUGGCUUGCUUGCCACCCAGCCUUCCCAUUUGUCUUCAAUCAAGCCCAAAGUGCCUCCUCCUAUUAAAGUCUAAACAUUAAACAGUUUAAUCAGCUACUGUGGUUUAGGACAGCAUCUGCCACCAGGUUAAUUCUAUCAGCUGACUUGGCUCUGGGAUAAGAAGCCUAGAGAUACAUGUGCAAGCUCUCUUGAAGGGAAUGGACUGGUCCUGGUGAUAGUUAUGUUACCCCUUGUCCAUACUUGCAAGGCUGGCUUAACCAGUGCCUGCGACUAACCUGCAGUCGUUCACCACUUCUGAAGACACUAAAUGAACCACCAAGCUGUUUUAUGAGGCUGAACAAAGCAGAAGAGAAGGGCCUGCUGUUGGGAGCUGGUCCUCACGCAAGGCCCUGGGGCCUUGUUUACAAAGCCGCGCUACAUUUGAUCAGUAGAGUCUGUGAGGCUCUCUUGUAGAAGUCCGCUUCCUUUUCUGGGUCUAGUAGUGGUUUUGUUUUGUUGUUUGUUUGUUUUUUUCUAUUUUCUCUUUUUACUCAUAUUUCUGUUUAAUUCCAGGUGAGUUUCUCAACUUAAGAAACCAUCCAUUUUCCAUUCUUAAUCUGUCACAUACAUGUCAUUAUUUUCCUAAUUUUCUAGGAGAGUAACCUAAAGAGAAUCCUGAGUACCUAACGGGCACUGAGCAGCUGCUCCAAGCUCCUGUGCCAGCCCCCAGGUGCCCAGCCAGCUCGAUCCCCUGGUGCUGCUGUGCCAGCCCCCAGGUGCCCAGCCAGCCUGCUCUCCUGGUGCUGCUGUGCCAGCCCCCAGGUGCCCAGCCAGCUCGCCCCCUGGUGCUGGAUAGUCACAUGAGAACUUCCUGGAGGCAGUGGCGAUUCCCUUGCAUGGAGUUUUCAGUUGAUUUUCCUUUAAAGUUAUACUGAAGAACUGCCACACCUGAUACUUGAGGAAUAGACCAAGUGCAUGCUAGAGUGGACGCAGCAGCCCAGAAGCAUUGGGGAAAGAGAAAUGGUGUGGGUAUUCUGUGCCUUGAAAGUUGAUUCGCCACCAGCCAAAGUCCAAGCAGCAUCAUCUAAUCAUGGGACAGGUCUGGAGGAAGUGUGCUGUGGCGGCCUUGAGGUGUCUUUUGGGGUCGUGUUUGGAAGUCCUUGGUCAUUGUGUACAAAUUGAAUAGGUCUUUGUUGUGUCUCGGCUUCAUUAGGUCAGCUUGGAAGGAAAAUGCUAUUGUUUGGGUCAAAAUUGUAAAAGAGCAGAACCCAAUAAAUAAAACCUUUCAGAUUCUA